AUGAGGUGGCUUUCGACCGUCCUCUCUCUUGGCCUAGCGGCUGAUGCCGUCGUGGGUAGUAGCUGGUUUAGUAAAGCUGCAUACAACAAGUGGCAUGAGACAGAACUAGAACGAUGGUUGUCCGACAACGAUAUCCCCUACCCUACACCGGCUGAUCGAAAAGAUCUUGAGAAUUUAAUUCAGAAAAACUGGGAUUCUUAUGCCGUUUCCCCUUAUAAGAACUGGGACACGGACAAGCUUACAGCAUACCUGAAAACGAAAGGUGUAGAGACUAAAGACUCUGCAAAGUCGAACAAGGAUUCGCUUGUCAGCCAAGUAGCGAGCUCCUGGUACGAGACGGAAGACAAAGCCCAGACAGGAUGGACCAAUGUUCAAGAUUGGAUCUUGGAUACCUGGACCGAUAGUGCUCUAAAGUCGUUUGCCGACAAGCAUGGCAUUCCAGUCCCCCAGCCACGAACCCGUGAUACUCUCCUUCAGAAGGUCCGCUCUAACUACGAGACCGUAGCGAAGAAAGCCGGUGAGACCGCUGCGUACCCUGGAGAUUGGCUUUAUGGCUCUUGGUCCGAGUCCGACCUGAAGGAGUGGCUAGACACCCAUGGGGUCCCUGCUCCUCAAAUCACUGACCGUAACCGACUCAUUGCCAUGGUUCGCCGCAACUCUCGCCUUGCUUAUCUAAAGGCACAAGAGCAGAAGGCAUCUGCUUCCGCCAGUGCCAGUGCUGCCUACGCUACUCUCACUGAUAAGCUUAUUGAUGCUUGGAGCGAGUCUCAACUGAAGGAGUUCUGUGACAAGAACGGAAUCAAUGUUCCUCAAGGCAGCAAGACUAAUGAGUUGCGUGCACUUGUCCGGAAAAACCGCGCUGCGAUCCUCGGUGACAACGUAUCCGCAUCCGCUUCAAGCGCUUUCGGUGCUGCCACUAGCAAAGCUGGUAACCAGUACGCCAAGGCCACCAACGAUGCCAGCCUUGCUGCUCAGGAUGCCUUCAACAAGGCAACUGAUGUCUGGUCCGAUAGCCGACUGAAGGGUUAUUUGGAUUCUCGCGGAGUUCCCGUUCCCCAAGGAUCGAAGACUGAUGAGCUCCGCGCCUUAGUACGACGCAACGCUCAUAAGGCUGCCCACCCCUACAGCGCCUGGACUUGGGACGACCUAUCUUACGAUAACCUAAGGAAGUACCUAGCCAGUAGCGGCAAUGCAGCUGCAGAGAAGGUUGGCGAGAGCAGCUCCGCUACCCGAGACGAGCUCGUAGACGCUGCUCAAUCGGCUUACUCGUCUGCUUCAAGUGCCGGUGGCAUUUCGUACGCCUCCGCGACAAGCUACUUGGCUCAAGCUACCGAGUCAGCUAAGAAGAGCACAUUCAAUACCUGGAGCGAGAGCGAGUUAAAGGCGUACCUAGACAGCUACGGCGUGCCCGUCCCCCAGGGCUCCACCCUCAACGAGCUUCGCGCCGAGGCGCGCAAGCAAUCGACGUACUUCAAGUACGGCACCUCUAACCCGGCUAGCACUGCGUUCGCCAAGAUUGGCGAGAACGUCAAGGACGCCUACCAGUGGGUCGUAGGACAACUGGGUGCCGGUUCCGAGGCCGCGCAGAAGAAGGCUGGCGAGGUUAAGGAGGAGCUAUGA